GGUCUACUAGUAAAAGGGCAGUUCUGCCUUUAUAAGCUGCAUCCACACCAAGAGCACUUGGCUAUAGACUGAGGUCUAGCAAUACUGUCCAUGUGUGUCUAGUGUAGACAUGGCCAAAGGUCAUGGCCACGGUUAUACGGGCAAAGGUGUGCUUAGACUGGGAUAGCUUGUUUUGCUUGUAGCGGUGGCUUUACUGUACUGAUACAAAGUGAAACUUUACUAGGACAGCUGAAUUCACACUAGGAGCACUUCGCUGGUAUAGCAUACUGGCAUCCCUAUACCAGCAAAGUGCUCCUAGCGGAGCAUGACAUUAGCCAUAACAAAAAAAGCUUUGUGUCUCACGCCUCAACAGAUACUUUCUAAUGGAUGCUUCAGUGGGUUAUUGAAUUAAAUCUUUCUACUGAACACAUUAGAACACUUACUAGGAGGCAGAGUAUCUGUAUAAAAUACAACUGAACUAUAAUUUUCAGUGUAAACAAAGUUCAUUGGAUAAUGCAUUGUCCAUAUUGUUCAUUCAUAAUUCCCAAAAUAAAGUAGUGCGUAUUAACAUGGUUCUACAGUAAGUGUAUUAGCACAAAGCUUCCAAUGGAAUGCAGAUAUGAACUGAUGCAGAAGGAAGUGCAUGGGAAGCGUAAUAUACGGCAUUACAGAAUAUCUUCAUUAUCUGCUCCUAAAGGAUUUUUUUUAAUCCAGUUUUGUAUCUUUUAGUUUGUCGAAAGUGAUGAUGAUGAAGUAGAACUUCUGUUUAAUAUCCCGUUUACAGGCAACGUGAAGCUAAAAGGGAUAAUUGUGAUGGGAGAGGAUGAUGAUACACACCCGUCAGAGAUGAGACUGUUCAAGAACAUUCCUCACAUGUCAUUUGAUGACACAGCCAGAGAACCAGAUCAGAUGUUCAGUCUGAAUCGAGAUCUAACAGGAGAACUGGAGUAUCCCACAAAAAUUGCUCGUUUCUCAAACGUUUACCAUCUCUCCAUCCACAUUUCCAAGAAUUUUGGAGCUGAGACAACAAAGAUCUUUUAUAUAGGCCUGAGGGGAGAGUGGACAGAGGCUUAUCGACAUGAAGUGACCAUCUGCAACUAUGAAGCAUCAGCAAACCCAGCUGACCACAAAAUUGAUCAGAUCAUGCCGGAGACCCACUUCAUUUCCUAACAGUAGCACCGGGAUGCUCCCAAAGGCUUCAUUAUCAAUACACUGAGUUAAUGGACUGACUCUGAAGAGAACAGAUUCUUGGGGCGCUGGAGAGAGUGGUGAAAUUGCUUUUAUUUCUUCUUGUCUUUGCCCUGGGAAGAAGAGUGCCAAUGCGUGAAAUCUCUUUAUAAAGUUAAUUGAUUGCUAAUGGCAAUCAUCUGUUGGGUGCUUCAGCACUCUGAAGAAUCAGGCCUUGACAUAGUGGAGUGUCUCUCCUCCAGUGGCAACCUAGUGGCCUAAUUGUUUAUGUUGCCAAUUGAAAAUAAAAGCAUAUCCUCUCACUGUGUAUGCCCCAAGCUUCAAGAUUGGUUUGUGUCUGACAUGCUGGUUAUUGGAGACAAACAACGCCGGGAAACAUCCUCUGGUUGCUACUCUGUUGUCCCUGGGUGUUGAACAAUUGGUGCUGGUGUGUGAAGCUUGAGCCUAAUGGUGACUUGAUGUAGGGUUAUUGCUGUAUUGAGGAGAAAGGAAUUGUAAACUAAAAUUUGCAUCUUGAGAUUCUGUUCCCCUGAAAUGUAAAUUCUGAGGGAAAUCUAAACCUAUGGGAGAGAUGCUGGAUCCUUAACAUAUAUAAAAGUGAAAAUACAGGACUGUAUGGUUGAGGGGGCUUAGCAGAAAGUGUUCAAAGCAUUGUGUGUGUACAUUUAAAGUUGUGGCUUUUUGCUGAAGGUAUGGAGCCUCCACUCCAUGUUAGAAGCCAGAGCUGGAGACCUAGGAGUUCCUUUAGGCACAACUUUAUAAGGAAUGUAACUAAUCUUUCCUAAUAAAUCUAUGGCAGAUGUAA